AUGGACACCGACAUUAGCCGCAAAGAGGCGACGAUAGCGUCCAAGGUCAGAGUCUUCAUGCUUGGAGAUGAGGCCCAGAGCAAAGAAGAACGUUGGCUUGUGCAGAAACUUGAUUUCUUCAUUCUCACCUAUUGCUGUCUAAGCUACUUUUUCAACUACUUGGAUCGGGCCGCAUUUGCAAAUGCUUACGUUGCUGGGUUAAAGGAAGAUAUUCACUUGGAGGGCAGCAACUAUAAUGUCGUGCUCGCCAUGUUCACGGCCGGGUCCGUCAUUGGACAGAUCCCACACGGAAUCAUUAUUCAAAAGAUCGCGCCGCGCAUAUGGCUACCAUCCAUGGUUUUACUUUGGGCAGGGUUGACCAUGUGUACGGCGGCGUGCAAAACAUAUGCUCAACUCUGCGUCGUACGGUUCCUGCAGGGCCUCGCCGAAGCCAGCACGUAUUGCGGGACAAUCUAUAUCAUCGGAUCGUGGUAUAAACCACGGGAGAUCGCCAAGCGCACGGCCAUUUUUACCGCCUCUGGCCAAGCUGGAUCCAUGUUUGCCGGCAUCAUGAUGACGGCCAUUUACAACGGCAUCAACAAUGACGCCUUGAAAGGCUGGCAGUGGGUGUUUAUCAUCAAUGGAAUCAUUACCUGUCCCAUUGCUGUCAUGGGAUUUCUGUACUUUCCAGACACACCCGAGCUCACUCAGGCACCAUGGCUGAGCAAACCAGAGCGACAACUCGCACUGCUCCGACUGCCGCCGAAAAAGGUUGACGGACAUGACAUUAGUCCGUGGUCGCUAUUCGUUCGCACCUUGACCUCACCAGCGCUCUACAUCCUAUGUCUCUUUGCCGUCGUGACCGGAGCACUAGAGGCGUUUGUCGUACAAAAUCUCUUCCUUCUUUGGCUGAAAUACUACCAGGACUUCUUUAGCCAGGCACAGAUCAACACUUACCCUCUAGGAAUUCAGGCCGUCGGGAUCGUGUCCAACUUUUUGGCUGCAGUUCACAUCGACGCAACAGGGAAAAGGGCUCCGAUGGGUGUUCUCGUCUGCUUCCUGCAGCUGGUCUCGGCCAUCAUUCUGCUCGUCCCUAAUCCGCCCUUUGCAGCCACCUUCUUCGCCUACUACCUUUCCGGAACCUCUUACAUGGUAAAUCCUGUCUCGUACGGUUGGGCCAAUAUCAUUUGUCAGCGCGGAGGAGACGAUGCCGUCCGAUCGAUUAUCCUCUACUCCAUGAACGCGGCAUCCACAUGCCUGUAUACCUUUUGGGGCAUUGCCCUCUAUCCGGCCUCGGACGCGCCCUACUGGAAGAAGGGUUCCAUAGCCAUGAUUGUCGUCAUUGCCAUCAUGCUCGUAAUGGUCUGGGUCGUGCAAAAGCUGGACGAGAAGACCCUGGCACAAUACCCAGACACGGCUGUUCGUGAUCUCCCCGAGGGUUCCCUGGAAGACUCAACAAUCCUAGAGACAAGGUCAGAGGACGAAUUUGAUGAUGAAAAUAUUGGACAGGACCAAAGAUUGCUGAUUGAUUUUACGGAUAGGAAUCCGGAGGAUGUGGCUCGAAAGAGACGGCAUAUUUCCCAGGUUGCUUUGGAUUGA